UCUAUGCAUGUGUGCGCGUAUGACGCGAAAUGUCUGUACAGACACGCAGGGAAAAACCACGCCCACCGUCCUGUCGAACCAAGCAGGCAGGCGGACGCGUGUAUACACAAAGGCACACAGUAUCGCAAUGAGAUUCGCUCACUGCUGCCCACUCAGAUGCAACACUUCUAUCUCGUCAGCCAUGAAAUCACUCGACCCAGCCAGAUGAGCAGUGCCAUAUUCAUUCCUCCUUCCCAUGUAAUCCUCAGGCACAUGGUCGGUAUGAGUGCACUGACAGCAGCUGCGGAUGUCGGCAGCUGGCUGUUCAUCCUCACCAGGACCGCUACAGCGGCCAUCAUACAAAUACAGAUGUCCCCCAAUAUACACUUUCGCAUCGAUGAGCAUACACCCCUCCUCCCUCCCCGCCACCCGCACAUUCUGCCAAUCACGGCGAAUCUCAAUCUUUGUCGGCUUCUUGAAGUGGCCGGCCAGCGAGAACUGCCAUACAUCACACGGGUAGUAGUGCCAAUCGGUGGGGUCAUCGGGCUCCCAGAUGCCGUCACUGAUGAAGGCGCCGAACACAUACAUGUCCUUGCGUAUGAUAAACACCAGGCCGGUCUUGUCGCCCACACAGCGGAGCAGAUUGGCAUAUGUGGUGCCGUCUCGCGAGGACCUGACAGACACACAGACAGAUGGAUACAUACAUAUAUAUCACAUCAGACUGCUGUAUUACAUGUGUGGGUGGCCUUGCCGACCUACCGAUAGACAGAACGUAGCCGCUCGUCGCCUUCUAUCAGGCCCAGCAGGCCGUAGUACUCCCACACGCCCAGAGAGCUGCCCACGGGCGGAGCCACCUGCACGACAGCACCAAGCACACCGCCUGCACAAAUGAAUCGCUGCUUGCGUGCGUGUCAGUGUGAGUGCGCACCAGUGGCUUGUGUAGCGAGGGAAACAACGAUGCCCCCACACGCAGAUCGCCAACACGCCCCUCCACACUACAGGCAAGCAAUCCAGCAAACAAUUCAUAGAACAGAUGGCUGCCUCUGCCGCUCUCUCUUGCUUUUUUACUUGGUGAUUCUUGCCGAGUCUUGGUGCUUCCGAAGAGGCCUGAGCAGCCUGAUCAUGGCGUAAUUCUUGAGGACGCUGGCAGCCGGGCUGACCACCCUGCACACACAUUCACACAGACACAUAGAGAGAGGCAGAAUGUGGACAGCGGGACAUCUGCCUUGUCUUGCUGACCUGCACGUGGGGCACUCGGUGCUUCCAUCGGCCUGCUUGAUGACACUCACACACUGCAGGUGUUCACACACACACAAACAAACAGACGGACAAACCAUGAGUGCAUUGUGCGGGAUGGUUGUCUUGUGCUGCGCACUCACAUCACUGCAGAGUGAAUGGCCUGCAUGCAUCGUAUCAACACACACAUCACAAACGAGGGGAAAUGCAUCGGAUCCAUCAUCCUCCAUGCACCUGCGAACCAUAUGUGUCGGUCGGCUCACCGCAUCUGCCGAGUGUCAUGGGCACGUGGCAGCCCUCAGCCUCCCACUUACAAUAGCACACGUCACACACCAUCUCCACUGACUCCAUCUUCGGACCAUCGCUCCGUUCGAGCUUAGAGCACCUUUGCCAUAAAGCCUUCAGGGGGAGGAGGUGGUGGAGCUGGUCAGGAAGGACAAGUACGUCUUCGGCGCCGUACACAACACACACACGUUGUCAUCGAUUGGUGUCUUCCUUACUGGGAGGGGACCACACACACAACUGAUUGAGGUGGGGGGAGGGAUGUAUGAUUCGAAUGGCGUAUAUAUCUCUGUUCGCUCCAUAUGUGGGGCGAGUGUAUGAUUGAUCGAAUUAAUGGCUAAUACAUAGGUUUGUCUGACUGACAUGGAUCAACG